CCCGGGCCCGGGGGCCGUGCGGCUCUCUGCCCGUCCUAAAGGUUGGUUUUAAUUGGUUGCCCACAGGAUUGCCUUGGCCUCUGCUUCUUGUUAAGAACGUUGAUUGGUUCGGCUGUGGUUGCCUCAGGUGCGCGUGGUUCCCGGGCAGCAUGGCGGUGGUGAUCCGCCUGCAGGGCCUCCCCAUGGUGGCAGGGACCAUGGACAUCCGCCACUUCUUCUCUGGACUGACCAUCCCCGACGGGGGCGUGCACAUUGUGGGGGGCGAACUGGGCGAGGCCUUCAUCGUCUUCGCCACGGACGAGGACGCCCGGCUGGGCAUGACGCGCACGGGCGGGGCCAUCAAGGGCUCCAAGACCACCCUGCUGCUCAGCAGCAAGACGGAAAUGCAGACCAUGAUCGAGCUGAGCCGCCGGCGCUUUGAGACGGCCGGCCUGGACCUGCCCCCGCCGGGGGCCGCCCGCCCGGGCCCGCCCGCCGGCGCGGGGGCGGGCGGCAGGGUGGGCCUGCCCGCCUCGGCCUCGGCCGUCGCCGCCCCGGCCCCCUCCUCCUCGGCCUCCUCGUCGUCGUCCGUGUCGUCGUCCUCCUCGUCGUCCUUCGGCGGCGGCGGCGGGGGCGGGGGCGGCGGCGGCGGCGGCGGGGUCGGGGGCGGCGCCUCCUUCGGCGCCGGGGGCGGGGCGGCCCUGGCGGGCACGGCCUCCCCCAUGAGCGCGGUGCCCCCGCCUCCGAUCCCGCCCCCGAUCCCGGCGCUGCCCGCCCUGCCCGCCCUGCCCUCCAUCCCCCCGAUCCCGGUGCCGCCCCCGGUGCCCGCCCUGCCGCCGGUGCCCCCGGGGCCCCCCAUCCCGCCGGGGCCCCCCGGGCCGCCGCUGGCGCCCCUGCCGCCCCUGGCGGGCCUGCCGCCCCUGAACCCCCCGCCGGGGGCGCCGCUGCCCUCGGGGGUGAACGGGUCCGGCGCCGGGCUGGGCCUGGGCGGCGGGCUGAACCCGCUCUUCCUCGGGGGGCCCCUGACCCCCGGGGCCCCGCUGCCGCUGGCCUCCCCGGGGGCGGCCAAGCCCCCGGCGGUCAACCCGGACGAGCUGUACGUCAGCGUCCACGGCAUGCCCUUCUCGGCGGCCGAGGCGGACGUGCGCGACUUCUUCCACGGGCUGCGGGUGGAGGCCGUGCGCCUGCUCAAGGACCACCUGGGCCGGCACAACGGGCACGGGCUGGUGCGGUUCCUGGCCCCGCAGGACGCCUUCGCCGCCCUGAAGCGCAACCGCAUGCUGAUGAUCCAGCGCUACGUGGAGGUGGGCCCGGCCACCGAGCGCCAGUGGGCGGCGGCCGGCCACGCGGCCUUCCGGCCGGGCCCCCCGCGGCCGCCCCCGCCGGGGCCCCCGCCCCCGCCCCCGCCGGGCCUGGCCCGGGCCAAGUCGCCCGGCGGGGGGCCCCGGCGGUCCCGCUCGCGCUCGCCGCACCGGCCGGGCUUCUGCGUCUACCUGAAGGGGCUGCCGUUCGAGGCGGAGAACAAGCACGUGAUCGACUUCUUCAAGAAGCUGGACCUGGUGGAGGACAGCAUCUACAUCGCCUACGGGCCCAGCGGCAAGGCCACCGGCGAGGGCUUCGUCGAGUUCCGCGCCGAGGCGGACUACAAGGCCGCCCUGGGCCGCCACAAGCAGUACAUGGGCAGCCGCUUCAUCCAGGUGCACCCCAUCAGCAAGCAGGGCAUGCUGGACAAGAUCGACGCCCUGCGCAAGCGGCUGCAGGCCGGCCCGCCGGGGCCCGACCCCCGCCCGGCCCCGCCGGGCCCCGCCCCGGCCCCGCCGGGCCCCGCCCCCAAGCUCUGCGCCCACCUCUCCAACCUGCCCUUCGACGUCACCAAGCCGGACGUCCUGCAGUUCCUGGAGGGGCUGCCCGCCGACGAGGCGGCCGUGCGCAUCCUGGUGGACGGCGGCGGCCGGGGCCUGGGCCAGGCCCUGGUCCAGUUCAAGUCGGCCGAGGACGCCCAGAAGGCCGGCCGGCUGCACCGGAAGAAGCUGCACGGGCGCGAGGCCUCGCUGGCCGUCAUCUCGCUGGACGACAUGCGCGAGCUGGAGAAGAACCCGCCGGGCCCGGGCAAGAAGCCGCCCAAGCUGGCGGGCGGGCCCGGCGAGGAGCCGGCCUUCCUGCCCGGGGGCCCCAAGGGGGCCGGCAACGGCCCCCCCUUCGCCUUCCCCGGCGGCUUCGCGGGGGCCGGCGCCUUCGGCCCCCCGCUGCCGCCCCCCGGCCUCGGGCCGGGCUUCGGGGACGGCCGGCUGGGCCUGCCGGCGGCCGGGGCCGCCGGCGGCCUCCCCGGGCUGCCGGCCGCCGAGGCGCCCGGCUUCGGGGCCGGCCCCGCCCACCUGGGCGGGCCCGCGCCCUUCGGCGCCGGGCCCCAGAACUUCGGCAACGGCCCCGGCGGCCUGACGGUGCCCGCCGGCGGCUUCGCCGGGGGCCCGCCGGGCCUGGGCGGCGUGGCCGGGGGCCCCCCGGGCUUCGGGCCCGGGGCGGCCCUCCACCUGGGCGGGCCCCCCGGCUUCGGCUCCGGCCCCGGCAAGCCCGGCCCCACCGUCAUCAAGGUGCAGAACAUGCCCUUCACCGUGUCCGUGGACGAGAUCCUGGACUUCUUCUACGGCUACCAGGUCAUCCCGGGCUCCGUGUGCCUCAAGUACAACGAGAAGGGCAUGCCCACCGGGGAGGCCAUGGUGGCCUUCGAGUCGCGCGACGAGGCCAUGGCCGCCGUGGUCGACCUCAACGACCGGCCCAUCGGCUCCAGGAAGGUCAAACUGAUGGCCCGCUGCGUGACCACCGUGCAUCUGACCGUCUCCUGCCGCGACCUCCUGGACGGGGACGUCGGCUCCCAGUCGGACCCCCUGUGCGUCCUGCUGCAGGACCUGGGGGCCGGGGGCUGGGCCGAGCUGGGCCGCACCGAGCGGAUCCGGAACUGCUCCAGCCCGGACUUCUCCCGGCCGUUACGUGUGGACUACCGCUUCGAGACCGUCCAGCGGCUCAGAUUCGACAUCUACGACAUCGACAACCGGUCCCCGGAGUUGAGCGAUGACGACUUCCUGGGCGGGGCCGAGUGCUCCCUGGGGCAGAUCGUGUCCGGCCGAACCCUGACCCUGCCCCUGAUGCUGAAGCCGGGAAAGCCGGCCGGAAAGGGCACCGUUACGAUCUCGGCGGAGGAAAUCAAAGAUGCCCAAGUGGUCGCUCUGGAGAUGGAGGCCAGGAAUCUGGACAAGAAGGACUUCCUGGGCAAAUCGGACCCGUUCCUGGAACUGUACCGGCAGUGGGACGAGCAGCAGUGGCGGCUGGUCUAUCGAUCCGAGGUGAUCAAGAACGAUCUAAACCCCUCCUGGCGCAAGUUCAGCACCCCCCUGCAGAGCCUCUGCGGGGGCGACGCCAAUGCCCCGAUCCAGGUGCGCUGCCUGGACUACGACGGGGACGGCUCCCACGACCUCAUCGGCGCCUUCCAGACCACCUUGGCCCAGCUGCAGGGGUCCGGCGCGGGCCUCCCCGCGGAGUUCGAGUGCGUCCACCCCGAGAAGCAGAAGAAGAAGAAGAGCUACAGGAAUUCCGGGAUCGUCCGGGUCAAGGCGUGCCGGAUCGAGACCGAGUUCUCCUUCCUGGAUUACGUGAUGGGCGGCUGCCAGAUCAACUUCACCGUGGGCGUGGACUUCACCGGCUCCAACGGGGACCCCUCCUCCCCCGACUCCCUGCACUACCUGAGCCCGUCGGGGGUCAACGAGUACCUGACGGCCCUGUGGAGCGUGGGCAGCGUGGUGCAGGACUACGACGCGGACAAGCUGUUCCCCGCGUUUGGAUUUGGGGCCCAGGUGCCCCCAGACUGGCAGGUGUCCCACGAGUUUGCCCUGAACUUCAACCCUGGAAACCCCUACUGCAAAGGCAUCCAGGGGAUCGUGGACGCCUACCGCCUGGCCCUGCCCCAGCUCCGGCUCUACGGCCCCACCAACUUCGCCCCCAUCAUCGACCACGUGGCGCGGUUCGCCGAGGAGGCCGCCCGGCAGGGCGAGGCCGCGCAGUACUUCGUGCUGCUGCUGCUGACGGACGGCGCGGUGACCGACGAGGAGGCCACGCGGGCGGCCGUGGUCCGGGCCUCCCGGCUGCCCGUGUCCGUCAUCGUCGUGGGCGUCGGCGGCGCCGACUUCGAGGCCAUGGAGCGGCUGGACGGGGACGGGGGACUCCUGCGCUCCCGGACCGGAGACGCCGCCGCCCGCGACGUCGUCCAGUUCGUGCCCUUCCGCCGCUUCCAGAACGCUCCCCGCGAAGCCCUGGCCCGGGCCGUGCUGGCCGAGGUCCCGCAGCAGCUGGUGUCUUACUACAGGAUGCGGGGCUGGGCCCCCUGCCGCCGCCCGCCGCCCGCCCCCGCCCCGUCCCCUCAGCCGUGAGCCCCCCGCCGGCCUCCCCCCGGCCACGAAGCGCCCUAGCCCCCGACGCCACGCGCUCCGUUUACGUUCUGAUACCGCUUUGCCCCCGCCCGCUUGGCU